AUGCCACCACGCCUGCUGGAGAUGGAGAGUGCUGAAGCUGCUGCUGCUGAGUCGCUGGAGGGCAGGGCGGGCAUUUCCACGGGGCAGAGAAGGGCGGUUUGGCACGGGGUGCUGCGCUUCGGGGCCGGGCGCGGCCCCGCUCCGGGAGGCGGCAGCUUCUUCGCGCGGUGGUUUUAUCGCGCUCUUCCCGCGCUCCGUUCCCGUGCCGCUUUCCCGCGUUCCGUUCCCGCGCUCCGUUCCCGUGCCGCCUUCCCGCGUUCUCUUCCCGCGGCUGAGGGCGGCGGCGCCGAUGGCGGGGACGGCCCGACCCCGGGGCGCUCCGAGCUGUUCAGCACCGUGGUGGACACGUUCCUGGAGAAGCUGGUGGCCGCCGGGAGCUACCAGAGGUUCGUCAGCUGCUACCGCUGCUUCUACAAGCUGCAGCCGCAGCUGACCAGGAGCAUCUACGAUCAGUUCAUCUCCCAGCUGCAGGCGUCCAUCAAGGAGGAGAUCCAGGAGGUGAAAAAUGAAGGGAAUCUGGAGGAACUCCUCAAUUCACUGGAUAAGAUCGUGGAGGAGGCAAAGGACCGGGAAGAGCCAGCGUGGCGGCCCAGCGGGAGCCCGGAGCGGGACGUGCGCGCUGCGCUGGCGCCCUCGCUGCUGCAGCACCGUGCCCACCUGCGCCGGGCGCUGCGGGAGCGGCAGCAGCGCAGCGGCGCGCUGGCCGAGGCCGUGCUGGCGGGGAGGAGCAGGAUUGCAGAGCUGCAGCAGCUGAUCCAGGCUCGCCAGCAGGCCUGGCAGGCAGCCAGUAAGGAGCAACGAGAACUCAUCAUGACAUUCCAGGAGCCCCAGUGAGGCCACGGGAUGUCCCACAGGCUCUGCUGGGACAGGUCAUCAUCCCAAAGCACUGAUGGGACAAGGUACCCAGACUGAGAAUCACCCCAGCAGGCCACUGGAGACUGCAGAGGGACUGAAACAGCUGCUGGACUGGCACAGUUUGAUCAGAUUUGGUGCAGAAACAAAAAAAAAAAUUGGGAUCUUUGCAAAUGGAUGGCAAUUCCCUGUUUCCUACUCAGCUAGACAGAGGGGAGUGUCACAAAGUGUGGCUGUGCUCUCCUCUGCUCCACUCAGUGCUGUGACAGGCCUGAUUCCAGUUUCCAAAGCCACGUUUGGGGGUUUGUUGCUGUUUUAGUUGUGCAUUAGCCAAAAUUCAGUGCCUUAAACGCCAGGCCAGGCUGUGCCCAGGCCUGAGGAGCCCACGAGUGGCUCACAGCCAGGGCUCCUGCUGUGCUUGCAGGUUCAUUCAGUCUCUGUUCACACCACUGCCUGUUGCAGAUGUGGCAGCAGCUGCUGCCCUGAUUUCCUCCUUACCAUUCAUUCUGUUUGAGUUAUUUUCUAGCCCUGGUCCCCUCCCAGCACCCGAGGUAUCCAGGGAUCUGUGCAGAGGUUGGAGCAGCCCUGCCUCCUCUUUGUGGGUUUGUAGCACAGGGUUUUCAUCUUUUCCUGUGGAACCUUCUAGAGCCAGCCUGGUUUUUCCCCACCCAGAGUCGUUCCUGCCUCUUUCUCUUUGCGGGCUGGGGAAGCCAAAGCUCCCAGGAUCUCCCUGGCAGAGCCCCAGCAGUGCUGUGCCCCUCCAGCAUGGACAGGCUGUCCUUGGGGCUGGGCAGGGAGUGAGGAGAGUGCCCUGCACCUGCUGAGGACUCAGAGAGGCUGAGGGCACGGGCUCUGAGGGCCCAGCUGGGAUGGGCAGUGGCUGCUGCACCACUCCCCAACCUCUGGGAGCAAUUAGAGCUGCAGCAGUUUCCCCUCUGCCCCCCCUGGCUGUGCUGGAAUCUCAAUAAACCGGGGCUGUUGUUCA